AACUCUACCACAAGUAAAGAUGAUGGAUAAUCCAGAUGCAGUCAUGAAAUCAAUAGCUUCUGUCUACAGUUUUGGAAAAGGGGAGAUAGCUUUCACAUUUUUCAUGAGUACUGAGGAUAUUAUACCUUGCUCUCCAUUCGUCUGCAGGUACUCCAAUAGGGCAUAUCUGCGUAAUCUUCAAGAUAGCAGAAUUCUGAUAUAAAGGAGAAGGUUGUUGUUGAGGAUUGGAAAAGCAGAUUUUCUUCGUUUUUUUUUUUUUUUUGGUUUCAAGGAAAACAUUAACCACUCUCUUCUUCAUGCUGCCCUUGAUGUCUUCCCGUACUACUGAAAUCGAUCCUAAACAGAAAAUAAACGGAGACUUGUACUGUGCUCUCAUGGAAGGAAACACGAAGAGCGUUGCAGAUCUCUGCCUGAGGCUUCAGGAUCAUGCAUUGCACGUAAUAACAGUAACCGACGAUACAGUACUUCACAUGGCUACAUAUGCCAAAGAAGCAUCCUUGGUAGAACAAUUACUAGAUGAGUUGCCUGAUCAUCAUCUCGACAAGUUGACUCGCCAAAAUGGUGUAGGAAACACAAUCCUCCAUGAGACUGCCACAAGCAACCAUACUGUAGCUGUUGCACGUAAACUUCUGAAGAAAGCCCCUGGAUUGUUAGGCAUGCGCAACCACAAUGGGGAGACGGCUCUCUUUCGUGCGGCCCGGUAUGGAAAAACUGAUAUGUUCGACUUUCUAGCUGCUAAAGUCUCUGGAUAUGAUGAAUCUGGUUUGCAAUUCUAUGUACAGAGAAGUGAUAAAACCACUAUCCUUCACAUGGCCAUUCUUUCUCUGCAUUUUGAUUUGGCAUACCAAAUUGCAUCGAAGUACGAACAUUUAAUUGGUCAAAGAGAUGAUGAUGGUAUGACUGGUCUUCAGAUUUUAUCAUGCAACCCAUCAGUUUUUAAACAAGAGCCUGAAGAUGGAUUCAUUAAGUUAGCUAAAUCUUGUGGAAGUUCAGCAUGGAGGAAAAAGGUUCAAAAGCAAAAAAAAAUGUAUAAAUCAGCUGUGAAGCUUGCCAAGUUUUUAGUCAGAAAAGAUACCUCCUGGGAGUGUAUUUCUUCUGGCAUCGACGUGAUGAAGCCUAAAAUUCAUAAGUAUGGAGAAAAGGGAGGGCAAGAACGGCAAGAAGUACAUUUGUAUAAUACAAUUCCAGACCAAAUGGAGAGUCGUGCAGAAACUCCUUUGAUUUUGGCUACAAAGUCAGGCUGUGUGGAGAUUGUUGAGGAAAUACUCAAAGCAUAUCCCCAGGCAGUUGAACACAUUGAUGAUGAUGGGAGAAAUGUACUGCAUGUAGCAAUCAAAUACCGCCAACUGAAUAUUUUUAAGCUUGUGACACGAAUGGAAGUGCCUAUGAAGAGGCUGGGAAGGAAGAUUGAUAAGGAUGGGAAUUCCAUUCUACACAACGUCGGAAAGAAAUCGAAGGAUGUUGUAUCUGAUGAGAAGAUGGAAGGUCCUGCAUUCCUAUUACAGGAAGAGUUACUCUGGUUUGAGCGCGUCGAAAAAGUCACUCCAUCCCAUUUCCAGGGUCAUCGGAACAAUAAGAUGCUCACUGCAGAAGGGUUUUUCUUUACUGCAAACUCUGAACUCCGCAAUUUAGCCAAAGAAUGGCUAAAGACAACAGCAGAAGGAUGUUCUGUGGUAGCAGUUCUCAUUGCCACCGUUGCCUUUGCUGCAGCCUACACGGUUCCAGGAGGUCCGAAUCAGAGCACUGGUGUUCCUGUCCUCGUCAACAAACCAUUCUUUGUGGUUUUCACUGUGGCAGAUGUACUCUCCCUUACCUUUGCUUUGACAGCAGUCGUUACCUUCCUCUCUAUCCUAUCAUCGCCGUUUCGAUUUAAAGAUUUCAAGCAUAUACUUCCUAAUAAGUUGAUGAUAGGCUUCACAUUUCUGUUCUUUUCCGUGGCUAUGAUGAUGGUAGCAUUUGGAGCAACAAUCCUUCUGAUGAUAUACAGUAAGGAAAGUUGGGAAAAAAUUACUCUAUAUGCAGUCUCCUUUAUCCCAGUUAGCAUCUCUGCACUAGUUUAUUUCCCUCUUUAUUCAUCACUAUCAAAAACCUACAAUUACUUGCUCAAGAAGAUUCCCCUCAUUAAACAGAUUCUAGCUAUACCUUGGAAGAUCUCCAAAUCUUUGAAAUGUUGUUGAGUCGAAACCACUGAUACCCACAUCCCAUGCCCACAUGCAAUUAUCCUACACUAAAUCCUUUCCAUUUUCUGAAAUGUGAUGCCUGGUUACGUACGUGUUAGCACAAGUAUUGGUUUCUGUCUGUAAACAGCUACCCAUGGAUGAUUACAAGUAUGAUCAUAAUUAUGUGAUUAGUUAUUGGUUUGUGAAUUUUAAGGAUUCAAAAAAUAUAAUAUUCUGAUGCGUGCAAUAA